AUGGUGACACUAACGGAUCCUCUGACUCUGUCCAGUCCUCUAGCGACACUGAAGAAGAUCCCAGCCACGCGCCUUUCGAGAUUAACGGAAGCCCUCGCCAACUAUGACCCGAUUCUCAACGAGUAUUUCUUCGAUCGGCAUCCGGGUGUUUUUGCCCAGCUCAUCUGUCCCCGCCUCUCGCCACGCCCCCCUCAGCUCAUCUGUCCCCGCCUCCUGCCACGCCCCCCUCAGCUUAUCUGUCCCCGCCUCCUGCCACGCCCCCCUCAGCUCAUCUGUCCCCGCCUCCCGCCACGCCCCCUCAGCUCAUCUGUCCCCGCCUCACGCCACGCCCCCCUUAGCCACGCCCCCCUCAGCUCAUCUGUCCCCGCCUCCCGCCACGCCCCCUCAGCUCAUCUGUCCCCGCCUCACGCCACGCCCCCUCAGCUCAUCUGUCCCCGCCUCCAGCCACGCCCCCUCAGCUCAUCUGUCCCCGCCUCCUGCCACGCCCCCCUUAGCCACGCCCCCCUCAGCUCACCUGUCCCCGCCUCCCUCAGGUGCUGA